AUGUCUGUUAGCUGGCUCCCUGGAACCCCGCAAUUGAUCAAGUCAUACUUCAUUGAUGGAGGUGGAAAUAGCAAGUGGGCGCGGUUUUAUGUCGCGGAUAUCGUCCUCGCGUUGAUCGCUGGACUAAUGCGGGGAUUAGGGAUCCCCGGUAGUCACCUCCUGAGUCUAGGUUUGUCUGAUGGUGUGGUGAGCGGAGACCGCCGAUAA